UUUGGCGCAAACCGGAAACACCAUAACUGUCCUCCUCCAGAUGAGAGUUUAGUGUUGCGGCAUCUGACUGUGAAUACGAAGAAACAAAAUAAAAUGAAUACCGACCGCGGUGGUUAAUUUUAAAUAUUCAAAAACGAACAGAGUGACUUUGGGUUUUUUACUUCACUCGCACGGAAGUAGACGGCCAGGAGGGGCACAGGGAUGUUAGCUAGUUUUAGGCUAACACUGUUAGCAUCGCGUCGGUAACGUCAUGUUCGUGAUUUCAGCCUAAAGACGUGUUGUUGUUGUUGUUGUUGUUGUUUUAAAUCGUGGGUCGACUCUAAAUGGACGAGCACAAGGAGAACAUUCACGCCGAGGAGGACGUGAACGUCAAGAUGUCUGCGACCAGAGAAGAGGAGGAGGAGAAGGCGAAGUCUUGCAGCAGCAGGAUUUGCCCCGAGGCGGAACCCGCCGCCCCUCAGGUGUCCGUGUCCCCGUCCCAGUCCAACAGUGACUUCAGUCACCCGGUUUACAAGGAGAUCUCUUUGGCCAACGGACAUAUCAACCGCAUGUCCAUGGACCAGCUGCGGGUCAAGUUGGCCGAGCUGAAGCUUGACACGAGGGGAGUGAAGGACGUGAUGAAGAAGAGGCUGAAGAACCACUACAAGAGGCAGAAGCUGCUGCAGUCGGCGGCCGAGGGCGGACCCACCGACACCUACUACGACUACAUCUGCGUGGUGGACUUCGAGGCCACGUGCGAGGAGAACAACCCGUCCGACUUCCUCCACGAAAUCAUCGAGUUCCCCAUGGUGCUCAUCAACACGCACACGUUAGAAAUCGUUGACACUUUUCAGGAAUAUGUCAAACCUGAGUCAAACCCGACGCUUUCAGAUUUCUGUGUGAAGUUAACGGGGAUAACGCAGAAAAUGGUUGACGACGCCGACCUGUUCCCAGACGUCCUGCGGCGAGUCGUGGCCUGGCUUCAGGAGAGAGAGCUCGGGACGAAGUACAAAUACGCCAUGCUGACUGACGGAGCCUGGGACAUGAGCAAGUUCCUCAACAUCCAGUGUCGUAUAAGCGACAUCAAGUAUCCGCCAUUUGCAAAGAAGUGGAUCAACAUACGGAAAUCAUAUGGGAACUUCUACAAGGUCCCGCGCACGCAGACGAGGCUGAGCACCAUGCUGGAGAAGCUGGGCCUGACGUACGAGGGCCGCCCCCACUCGGGGCUGGACGACUCGCGCAACAUCGCCCGCAUCGCCGUGCGCAUGCUGCAGGACGGCUGCCAGCUGCGCGUCAACGAGCGAAUGCACGGCGGCCAGCUCCUCUCCGUGCCCAGCUCGGCGCCCCUGGAGGGAGCGCCGGCGCCGCGCAACCCGCGCGCCAGAGAGUAGCCCCCCCCCCCCCCCCCCCCCGGAAAAAAAACUGAUUCUUUAUCCUCGUGAGUUAAGAAAAGAAGAAAAAAAAUCCCAAGCACUUUACAGUCUUCACCGUAAAGUUUUUAGCUCAUUGAAAAAGGGUAUUUGAGUUUCACCAAUAAAAAGAUGAUGUUUUAUUUUUAAAAGAUUGUCUUUGACUUCGUAUGUGAGAGUUUCUCUCUCUCUCACCACAUCUCUGUAUAUUUUUACACCACGUGAAAGCAAAUAUCAUUUCUCAGUCUCAUCAGUCACCUGCGUCACCACACGCCUUAUCAAGCUGCUGAAGAUCAUCUUUUAUUUGUCCUAUAAUAGUUUGGAUUCCGAUUUACUCCCAAGAGUAAAACUUUGAGAAAACACUGAAUAAUUGUUCUGUCUGUGCCAAAAGAAAAUUUGAUCUUUAUCAUACCCAUUGUCUGUCUUACAUGAUACUAGUAUUAUAAACAUGAAGUGCUUCAGAGCCACUUCUCCAGAGCGAGUUUACAGUUUUAAAUAAAAAGGAGCAGUGGAGGUUCAUCGUCUGUGUCGUCUCGGAUCCGGAGACAUAAAAAGUUCGUACAAACGCAGGCGAAGACGCUCAAGUCUUACCUGAUGUAAAGUUCUGUGCGAGUUAAAGUGUUGUCACCUUUUGUAUGGAAAUGAAUGUUUAUUUCAUGGAGCCUGAUCUAUUUUAACAGGAAUAAAAUAUUCUUCUGAAUGCAAAA